CCCAUCCUGAUGGCUGGAGGCGUCUGAGGGGCGGACGGCGACGACGGCGGCGGCGGCGGCGGCGGCGGUGGCGGGCGCGGGCGGCGAGGGCAGCGGGGCUGGGACUGGAACAGCCGCCGCGCGGACCCGACCAGCCUCGCCGGCUCCUGCCCGCAGGCCGCGAGCGCGACAACCAGGCGGCGGCGUGGGCGCCAGACCGGGCGAGGGCUAGACAGACUUACAUGUGUGGGAAACCAGACCAGAAAUACUUCUGAGUCAAGAGCUUGGAUUCUGAAGUGUGGAAAGCACUGAGACGUGAAGAUGAGUGAACUUGACCAGCUGCGGCAGGAGGCCGAGCAACUGAAGAACCAAAUUAGAGAUGCUCGUAAAGCAUGUGCAGAUGCAACUCUUUCUCAGAUCACAAACAACAUUGAUCCAGUGGGAAGAAUCCAAAUGCGAACCAGGAGAACACUGAGGGGUCAUCUGGCAAAAAUUUAUGCCAUGCACUGGGGCACAGACUCAAGGCUCCUUGUCAGUGCCUCUCAGGAUGGAAAACUCAUCAUCUGGGACAGCUAUACCACAAACAAGGUUCAUGCCAUCCCUCUGCGCUCCUCUUGGGUCAUGACCUGUGCAUAUGCUCCUUCUGGGAAUUAUGUGGCCUGUGGUGGCCUUGAUAACAUCUGCUCCAUUUACAAUCUGAAAACUCGUGAAGGGAAUGUGCGUGUGAGUCGUGAGCUGGCAGGACAUACAGGUUAUCUGUCCUGUUGCCGGUUCCUGGAUGACAAUCAGAUAGUUACCAGUUCUGGAGACACCACAUGUGCCCUGUGGGACAUCGAGACUGGCCAGCAGACAACCACGUUUACUGGACACACUGGAGAUGUCAUGAGCCUGUCUCUUGCUCCUGACACCAGACUGUUUGUCUCUGGUGCUUGUGAUGCUUCAGCCAAGCUCUGGGAUGUCCGAGAAGGGAUGUGCCGGCAGACCUUUACAGGACACGAGUCUGACAUCAAUGCCAUAUGUUUCUUUCCCAAUGGCAAUGCCUUUGCCACUGGCUCAGACGAUGCUACAUGCAGGCUGUUUGACCUCCGUGCAGACCAGGAGCUCAUGACCUACUCCCAUGACAACAUUAUUUGUGGUAUCACAUCUGUUUCCUUCUCCAAGAGUGGCCGCCUCCUCCUCGCUGGGUAUGAUGACUUCAACUGUAAUGUCUGGGAUGCACUCAAAGCUGACAGAGCAGGUGUCUUAGCUGGACACGACAACCGAGUCAGCUGCUUGGGGGUGACUGAUGAUGGCAUGGCUGUGGCAACAGGGUCCUGGGACAGCUUUCUCAAGAUCUGGAACUAAGGCCAGGAGCAGCAGGUGGAUGGAUGCCAUGGCGACUGGAAGACCAUUCCAACCUUGAAUUGAUACAGCGAUAGCAUAUCCUAUCCAACCAUACUAACGUGGACACCCACACCUCCCCU